GCAUUGGUCGGGGAAAACAUGAUUUGACGUCUAGCCGCAGUACUCCACUAGUACGGUGUCAUAUGAUUAUCUCUACGUGACACAUCGGGAGAGUGAAAAUUUGAUGAAUUGUUAUUGACCGUCAAUAAUUUGCCGAUAAAUUCACCGUCAGAUUACUUACUUAUGCGGUAGUGAACCGAGAGGCAGUGUGCAAAGUUCUAACAUUCAAAUACGGCAUAACAGUAAAAAAAAUGUCUUUUUUCGGCGUAAAUGUGAAUCCAUUUUCUACGCCAGUUGGUCAAAGAAUAGAACAGGCUACAGAUGGAAGCCUGCCAAGUGAGAAUUGGGCACUUAAUAUGGAAAUAUGCGAUAUCAUUAAUGAGACUGAAGACGGACCUCGGGAUGCAGUCAAAGCUAUUCGACGGAGAUUGAAUCAGGCAGCUGGAAAGAACUAUACCAUCGUUAUGUACACUCUCACUGUUCUUGAAACAUGUGUGAAAAACUGUGGCAAGUGUUUUCAUGCGCUGGCUUGUUCACGAGAGUUUGUACUGGAGCUGGUUAAAUUAAUUGGUCCAAAAAAUGAACCACCUACAGCAGUACAGGAAAAAGUGUUGAGCCUCAUUCAAGCUUGGGCUGAAACUUUCCGACAUCAGCCUCAUACUCAAGGAGUUGUGCAAGUUUAUCAAGAGCUUAAACAAAAAGGAAUUGAAUUUCCCAUGACUGAUCUUGAUGCUAUGGCACCAAUAAUUACCCCCCAACGGAAAGUGACUUAUCAGAGUGUACCAGAAAGUGAGCAGACCACGGCAUUGGCAGUUCCACCGGUAGGUGAACAACUUCCCGUGCCGCUGGCAGUCCAAGGGAGCAACGUACCUGCUCAACUUACAGAACCACAGCUGGCCAAGUUACAGAGUGAGUUGGAUGUUGUUCAGGGUAAUAUGCGCGUUCUUGCUGAGAUGCUAACACAUCUAACGAAUCCAAAUCAAACGGCUAAUCAGCAACCAGAUCCAGCUGACUUGGAACUUCUUACGGAGCUACAUGCCACCUGCAAAGCAAUGCAAGAACGAGUUGUAGAAUUAAUUGGUAAGCUCGCCCAUGACGAAAUGACUGCUGAAUUGCUUCGUGUGAAUGACGAACUUAACAACUUGUUUCUGCGCUACACCCGAUACACGAAAAAUAAGGCAACACCUCCUAGUACUAUACUGGCACAGACCAUUGGCCAACCACCAAAUGAUGCACGUGUUAAUGCCGCUCCUGUUUUGAGCAAACGCGAAGCUGAAUCACUAAUCGACUUAUCAGACGGAACAGACAGCUUGGGAAAAGAAUUAGCAAGCAUCAGUGUGGUGGAUGGUGCUUCGAGAGCAAGUGAUUUGAGGAAAGAGAAGCCUAAAGAAAAAGAAGGUGACAAUGACGAAUUUGACAUGUUUGCCCAGUCGCGUACUGCUACUUACGAAACAACAAAAAACAGUGGUAGCAGAUACGAGGAUAAUACUGAACAACAGGUGAGCGGGGGAAGUUUAAGCUCAGCCAUUCUCAAUCGAAAUAACCCUAACCAACCCUCACAGAACACAACAACUGCUGCUCCGGCAACUGCUCUAAACCAAGAAUCUGAAUUCAACGAGAUGGCUGCUUGGCUGGAUCGUACGCCCGGUGCCCAAGGGGACCAGGAAUCAUUAACAUCAUUUGAGUUCGAAAGAUUUCUAGCUGAGAGAGCAGCUGCGGCCGAGGCGCUACCCACCAUACCCACCAUACCUUCCACGACUACUGCAACGACUACUAACACAAAUGCUCAGCGCCAAAUUAAUAAAGAUCAAGACAAGUCCUUAUUUGCUCUCUAGGCAAGUAUGAGGAACUAUUCAGCCCAGUGAGAGACUGCUUCAUGCUUUUACGUACUUACGUUAAAAUAACGAUUUGAUUCACUAACUAUACCUUAUGUUAUCAGGUUUAAUUUUAAAUUGUUGAUGAUGAAACGCAUGACUAUGAAAAAAGGGUCGAUUAUUUGCAAGCACUGCUUAAGUAAGAGAAGCUAAUUUAUAGAAAUAUAUAUGGUUAUAUUAAUAUUGUUUUAAAUAUAAAUUACAUUACAUAUUAGAUA